GAAGUGGACUGUCGCUCGGUGAAGAUUGUGGAUCAUGGACGCAGUUAGCUAGAGAGUGUAAUCUUUCAUCUCUGAAUUCAUACAUUACAGGAAAUAACAGUGUACCUGUCGAUUUUCACACAGAAUGACCGACGACUUCGACAGUCGUGAGGCCCGGUCCAGCGGGGAGCUGUGGUCCGAGAUUUGCUCCAGUCUGCCGGAGGUGCAAGCCGAAACAGCUCCAGAGAACAAGACCGAGUUCAAAGACUCAUUCCAGCCAACAACACAAGUCGGAGUGCAGGUCAAUGGACAAUCAAAUGGGACAAGUAUCAGUUCUCCCAGUGCCAAGUGGGAACCCAUGGAGGAUUCUGAGAUCUACAUAGCCAGCUUAGAGAACCGCCUAAAGAAGUUAAAGGGCCAGUCCAGUGAUGUGACCUCCAGGGACAUGCUGCGCUCGUUGUCUCAAGCUAAGAAAGAAUGCUGGGAUAGAUUCCUGCACGACGUUCAGACCUCAGAACUUUUCCAAGGUGGUGACAUGGAUGAAAGUGCCCUCGAACACUUCAAGAGGUGGUUGAUUCCGGAGAAGGUGGCUAUCAGCGCAGAGGAGCUGGAAUAUCUCCUGAGGCCGUCUCAAAAUAAGGAACCAGCAGGGCCAAACCAAACACAAAACGGAGAGGACACAGAGGGAGAGAGACACAACCCUGAGGAAGAUGAACCUCACAGCCCAGAGAAAUGAGUGUGUUAAAAUAAUAACACUGGCAGAGGAACUAAUUUGGAGUGUAUUCAGUAAGGGUGACUUGUUAGCCAACACGCUUAUUUAGAGCUGUAUUAUGUCAUAUUGGUGUUUUGGCCAAAGCUUUUGUUAUUCGUUGUCAAAGAAGCAAUUACAGCCUGUCAUCAUUAUCUGUAUCCCCAGCAACUGAGUGUUAAGUACUUACUCAGCCACACGUGUUUUGUCUUUGUUAUUCAUCCCUUCAACUACAACUCACCAUGAAAAUAAUAAACAAAGAGUUUGAAAUUAGACUUUUUUCCGUCUAGCAGCAGAAUUAGCAUCUAGUCUAUGUAGUGAAUCCUACUUUAUUUGUAACAAGAAUAGCUUGCUACCCUACACACUCAUACAAACGUUAUAUGCAGUAUCAUGUUGUAAAUUAGACUCGUAUGACAUAAGCAGUGCAUUAUCCUCCAGAGACAUUAUUUUUCUGUGUUAAAAAUUGUGACAUCUAAAGUAGGAAUACUCGGUGAUAUAUUCACAAAUAUAUUGUAACAUAUUGUGUAACAUCUUUAUUUUUGCCAUGUUGAUUUUACACAUGAAGUUUUACCCGUGUUUCAAUAAAAAC